GCUCCGCCCACUCUCCGUUAUUUAUUUCCAUGGGGAAGAAAUAUACGAGACCUUAACUAUUUUAAUGACUAACUGCACGCCGUUUGUUUAGGAAGAACUACUUCACAGUGUGGACAUAAAGAAAAGGGUAAUUGUGUGUAUAUUGGACUUUGGGCCAGCAGAGAGAGGGAGGCGGGAUGGAGAAACGACAGCAGGUGAAAAACUCUCUCCAAGUGUUCAUAGACUCUCUUAAAGACGAGCUCCACAGUCUGAGUCGGGACAUUUGGUGCCGACCAGAGGUCGCCGGGGAAGAGACGCAUGCGCACGACAGGCUGGUCCAGUUCUUUUUACAGCGGGACCACACAUGGACCGUCCAAAGGCACUACAUAACACCCACCGCGUUCCGGGCCACCUGUGGACCUAUCGGCGGCUCGGAGGGGGGCUCCGUGCUGAACGUUUGCUUCCUUUGCGAGUAUGACGCGCUGCCGGAAAUCGGCCACGCGUGCGGCCACAACCUCAUCGCGGAAGUGGGGGUAGCGGCCGCAGUGGGCCUGAGGUUUGCUUUAGAAAACCAGCCCGGACUGCCUGUCCCAGUCAAGAUAACUGUUCUUGGUACUCCUGCAGAGGAGGCCAUAGGAGGAAAGAUUGACCUAAUCCAGGCAGGGGCUUUUACUGAUGUCGAUGUUGUCUUCAUGGCUCAUCCAGCUCAGCAGGAUGCUUCAUUCCUGCCCACUGUCACCAUCGCUGAGGUGUCAGUGAAGUAUCACGGGCAGGCUUCUCAUGCCUCUGCUUACCCUUGGGAGGGAGUCAACGCUUUGGAUGCAGCGGUGUUGGCCUAUAACAACGUCUCUGUGCUCAGACAACAGCUCAAACCAGAGUGGAGACUUCAUGGCAUAAUUAAACACGGCGGAGUGAAGCCCAACAUCAUCCCCGCCUACUCUGAGUUAGAGUUUUAUUUGCGCACCCCACAGCUUGAGGACCUUUGUGGCCUGAAGGCCAAAGCUGAGGCUUGCUUCAAGGCUGCUGCUUUAGCCACUGGUUGCCUGGUGGACAUAAACUACCCAACACAUACUUACUACAACAUUCUGCCUAAUGCCACAUUAGCAAACCUCUAUGAAAGCAACGGAAAAGCUCUGGGGGUCGAGUUUCCAGAGCAACCAGCUAGUUUCUCUGGUUCUACAGACUUUGGCAACGUGUCAUUCAUAGUGCCUGGUAUCCAUCCUUUCUUCUACAUUGGCACUCGUGCAUUAAACCACACAGAGGAAUACACCAAAGCAGCAGGAGCUGAAGAGGCCCAGUUGUACACCCUGAGGACAGCUAAGGCUCUGGCUAUGACAGCUGUGGAUGUAGUGUGUUGCCCAGAUCUGCUUCAGCAAGUGAGAGAAGACUUCAGGCUGGCCAAACUGACACAGGAGAAGGCAGAUAGACUGGAAGGCUGCAGUAAAGCUCCAAAAGAUCCAUAAAUACACUGGUCUUACAAGAUAUUUAAAGGAUGGAUUCCAUUUGUAUUCAAGAGCAUAGGUUAGCAAACAGUUGAACCAGCAAUGCACUGUUAAUGACUUCUGUUAAUAGUUCAUACUUUUAGGUCUUUAAAAACAAGGUACUCCUUUUUUCAUUCCAUUGACAUUAUGUAUGCAGUCAUUCUAAAAUAAAAAAAUGUAUGAUGUGUAAAUGUUAGAUUAGUAGCUCUCCCCUGCAGUGCUUAGAGACCAAGAAAAUACAUGGAAAAGAAGGUAUAUAUUAGAAUUCUAUUCACCAGGUGAAUUGACUCCAAAUAUGUCAUGGUAUUCAUGAGCAGUUGUAUUUGCGUGUUUAUUCCUAAAUAUUUCAUAGAUGCUUUUAGUUGCUAAAUGGAUCGAUUGAGUACCUUAAUUUCCCAAGUGUGGUCUCGGCUGUGGUAAAAUAUCAGACUAUGGGCAUCUUCUUGAUGCUGUAUCCUUUGAUGAAGUAACGCCUUUGUUCAUAGUUUUUUUUGGGGGAGAAGAUGGUGCUGAUUUUAAAUUGACAUCCUAUCCUUUGGGAGGCUGCUGUGAUCAAAACAGGCUUUAAAGCACAGAAACUUCCUCAGCAAAAUUCAUGCUUUUGUGUCAGAAAAAUCACAGAAAUAUGUGACUUUUAAAAGAAUAAGGUCAUAUUUCUCAAUCUAUCUUUUUACUUCGGUUAAUGGUAUUAAAGAAAAACAGCAGUUUAUAUGAUUUGUUGUGAAUACUCAUUAGUAAUCAGACCAGUGCCAGAAGGAGAACAGCCUGGAGCAAUCCUUGCCAGAAAUUCAGUGUGUAAUGACUGUAGAGGCUUAUUCUCCAAGAUAAAUGUACCAUGAGGAGGAUCAGGAGUACAUAAACAAAUCCAAGUAAAUACUAAAUGCAAACACACUUAUUUUACUUAUAAUUACUUAUACUUAAUUUGCUGCUGCUUUUAAUUGCCACAUCUUUUCAACUGCUUGAGCCCACUUACAAUUGCACAAUAUAUCAUUUCUGCCUUCUUCUAGGCUUUGACUGCCAUGGUGUCUGGUGGUAUGUCUGGUUUGUUAGCCAUCACCUGUUUAUCAAAUUGGACUUGGAAACUCAACCGGAUUUUUGUUGGACUAUUUCAGAAGCAUCUUUGUCUGAAAACUGAAGGAAUGUUAAAUGGGAAUGUUAAAAACACAAUAAAUAGUACUGUUCCUCAAAGGAAGCUUGGAGGGGAUUAGUGUGUUUCUUGCUUUACAGUAGAUUUCAAGCAAUCGGAGGGAUUUUAGCACAUAAAGGGCAAUAGGGCAAGCCUAGGAUGGACACGUGAUCUUUGGUCCCUAGACAGUAAAGCAUAAAAAAUCUG